CAACAAACCCAGUUCUACGGAGAGAGGAAGCUAGAAACAGGAAACUCACAGAAUUCUCUCUCAGAUCCGAUCGAUUUCUCUGCAAAUUCCAAACCCUCGAAACCACAAACAACAACAACAAUGGCUUCAACCUUCAGCGGCGAUGAAACGGCACCGUUCUUCGGCUUCCUCGGCACUGCAGCUGCCCUAGUCUUCUUCUGUAUGGGGGCUGCGUAUGGGACAGCGAAGAGUGGCGUUGGAGUGGAGUCAAUGGGUGUAAUGAGGCCAAAGCUUGUGAUGAAGUCGAUUGUUCUAGUGGUUAUGGUUGGUGUGUUGGGCAUCUAUGGAUUGAUUAUCGCUGUGAUCAUUAGUACUUGUAUUAACCCUAAGGCCAAGUCUUAUUACCUUUUUGAUGGUUAUGCUCAUCUUUCUUCUGGUCUUGCUUGUGGCCUCGCUGGUCUAUCUGCUGUUUUGUCAUUUUAG